ACUUGAAUGAAAACUGUUAUUUUUUACUACUGGUAGUAAAACCAUGACGCGAUCGUCCUUGGUCGAUUCUUGUUCAUAUUCGAGAAUAUCUCGUUUUAUUUUCUUUCUGUUAUCCUUUUGUAUCUUCUUCUUGACAACGACCAAUGCUCAAGUCAUGCAUAGACAGCUCUGGCCUUGGCCAAUGUGGCCUCGGCCGUAUCCACAGCCGUGGCCGAUGGAUCCACCAGCAUUUGACCCAUUACCAAAGUCUUCCCCACCACCUAGCCCAUCCCCAAAACCUGUCUCACCACCAGGACCAUCUCCAUGCCCACCAACACCACCAAAGCCUCAACCCAAGCCACCACCAGCACCUAGCCCAUCUGCAUGCCCACCACCAGCACCUAGCCCAUCUGCAUGCCCACCACCACCACCUAAGCCCCAACCAAAGCCGCCACCACCAGCAUGCCCACCAACACCACCUAAACCAGCACCAAAGCCAGCGCCACCACCAGCACCAAAGCCAGUCCCAUGUCCAUCACCACCAAAGCCAGCGCCACCAGCUCCAAAGAAUAAGCCACCACCUGCCCCAGCUCCAAAACCUAUCCCAACACCACCGCCUGCCCCAAAGCCAAAACCUGCUCCGUCACCACCUAAGCCAGAGAACAAAACCAUACCGGCCGUGAUUUUCUUUGGGGAUUCGGUCUUUGACACAGGGAAUAACAAUAACCGAGACACAAAGAUGAAAAGUAAUUAUCGUCCUUAUGGUAUGGAUUUCAAAUUCGGAGUUGCCACUGGUAGAUUCAGCAAUGGAAGGGUUGCUUCUGAUUAUCUAGCCAAAUAUCUUGGAGUAAAAGAAAUCGUACCUGCAUAUUUCGACUCGAAAACACAACCAAACGAUCUUCUUACGGGCGUCUCUUUUGCCUCGGGUGGUGCUGGCUACAACCCUGCGACAUCCAAAGCAGCAAAUGCAAUACCAAUGCUCGACCAAUUGACAUAUUUCCAAGACUACAUAGAGAAAGUAAAUAAGGUAGUAAGACAAGAGCAGACUGGAGAAGUGUUGGCAGGUUUAGAGAAGACCAAUAAGAUAAUAUCCAAAGGAGUAGCAAUCGUCGUAGCGGGAAGUAAUGAUUUGAUCAUUACAUAUUUUGGAAGUGGUGCUCAACGACUCAAAAAUGACGUCGACUCUUAUACCACUUUCAUUGCUGACUCUGCCGCCAGUUUCGUUUUGCAAUUGUAUGGAUAUGGAGCAAGACGUAUAGGAGUGAUCGGAGCACCACCACUUGGAUGUGUACCAUCACAACUAGUAAAGAAAAAGAAACAAUGCAACAAAGAGCUUAAUUAUGCUGCUCAGCUUUUCAACUCUAAACUCAUCCUGAUCUUGGGUCAACUGUCAAAAACGCUACCAAAUUCUACAUUGGUUUAUAUGGAUAUCUACACUGUCUUCAGUCAGAUGCUAGAAACUCCUGGAGAUUAUGGAUUUGAAGAAGUAAAAAAACCGUGUUGCAAAACAGGAUUAUUGAGCGGAGGUGCCCUCUGCAAAAAGUCUACAUCGAAAAUAUGUCCCAAUACAUCUUCUUAUUUGUUUUGGGACGGUAUGCAUCCUACUCAGAGAGCUUAUGAAACUAUAAACAAAGCACUUGUAAACGAAUACGGUUAUAUUUUAUCUAAAUAAUAACUUCUUUUUUUAACAUGAUUUAGCUCAUACAAAAAUAAAAACUUUUGCAAUGUAAUAAUGUAGAAUACAUGAGCCGUUUCUGUGACUAAUUAAUAAUGUCGUUAAGCAAACAACAUUUGAGAUAGUACUAUGUAAGAUUUUUCUUUUGCGUUAAAUGAAUCCUUAUCCAGUCAUGUUUGUGAUGUACUAAGUUUUAGUCUGUAAUUCUGAGUUCUUGAUUUUUGUAUGAACAAUU